AGCUUCUUCAGGAGUGCACAACAACAAGCUCCCUUCCCUUUUUUUUGUUCCUGCCAAACUCCGACUGAGCGGAAACGGAAACCUGCAGCAAGCAAACCACGCCAACGCUUUCGUUUAAGGUCGGAAAUAAACAAGGCAUUCCCGCUGCCGGCAAAGAGUAGUGCGCUUCCUCAUCCUCAACAGUGCGUCUGAUAUAACAACCACAGUAUCAAGAUGGUCCUGCGAAGCAAGAACCUGGUCCGUUACGUGUUCCAGAACCAGCACAAGCUGAUCCAGCAGCUGCUCGUACAGGGUGGUCCGGUGCGGGCGUGCAGCGGUCAUGGCGGUACGCAGCAGCAGGCCCAGCUGCGUGUGGAGGAAGAUGACAACUUCCCGAAGAUUGCCGAGGUGCCGCCGCUAGCGGCACCGUUCCCGAUGACGAUCGAGCAUGCGGACAACGUGGGAGAACAGUUCAAGUAUUCCGAUCUCAGUGUACGUCUGGCGGCACCGCACCAGCUUAACCCGAAGCCGGACGUUGACGAUCUGGCAUUCGGGAAGUACUUCACCGACCACAUGCUCAAGGUGCCGUACCAUCGUCGACUGGGAGGUUGGCAAAAGCCAGAAAUUACGCCCAUGGAAAACCUCAACCUACACCCAGCGGCUAAAGUGUUCCACUACGCCAUUGAGUUGUUCGAAGGCAUGAAAGCGUACCGUGGCUUUGAUGGGAAGAUUCGUCUGUUCCGGCCGGAGAUGAAUAUGGCGCGCAUGAACGCAACCGCCUACCGGUCCGGGCUGCCCACGUUCGAGGGUGAGGAUCUGAUCAAAGCAAUGGCCCGGUUGGUGAUGAUCGAUUCGGAGUGGGUACCGCAUACCGAAUCUGCCAGCCUUUACAUCCGCCCAACUCUGAUCGGCAUUGAGCCAACGCUAGGCGUUGCAUCGUCCGAUUCGGCCCUACUGUACACCAUCCUGUCGCCUGUCGGGCCUUACUUUAAGCCGGGCGCGAAGGGGCUAAAGCUGUACGCCGAACCGAAGUACACACGCGCCUGGCCCGGUGGUGUCGGUGACCGCAAGGUUGGCUCCAACUACGGACCUACGAUCCACGUACAGCAGGAGGCACUGCGUAACGGGUGCCAUCAGGUUCUGUGGCUGUACGGUGAUGACCAUCAGCUGACGGAAGUUGGCGUCAUGAACAUCUUCAUGCUGUACAUGAAGGAGAAUGGAGAGCGUGAACUGGUAACACCACCACUAAACGGACUCAUCCUGCCCGGUAUUACGCGCGACUCCAUCAUCCGCCUAUGCCACCACUGGGGUGAAUUUUCGGUCCGCGAGGAAAAGUUCACCAUGCCCGAAAUCAAGAAGCUCUCCAAGGAGGGACGACUGCUGGAACUGUUUGGCGCUGGUACGGCAGCCGUUAUCAGCCCGAUCGAGCAAAUCUCCUACAUGGGCGAGGACAUCUUUGUGCCAACGGAAAGCCACGACAAUCCGGUGUACCGGCGGCUGUACAACACCCUAACUGAUAUCCAGUACGGCAAGCUGGAACAUCCAUGGGCCUAUGUUAUAGACUGAGGUACCUCUGCUGGUCUUUAACCCUAGGGGAGAGAGGGGGCACGUUCGUCUGUAGCGAAACUAGCACAAGGCAGUAGUAUAGCAGCAAUGGGGCAGUGCCCAAACCUAAUUCCAAACCCCGUCCUUCCUAUUUUCUCCAACAGUAAUCUUCUUCGUUUAUGCUCAAAGCUCGAAACAUUCCAACUCGCUGCUACACUACACUAAACUACAUCCUCUCUGUACAUAACUGUGUCUUGUUGUAGAUUUACUGCUUAAGCCUCUCUCGUACGUAUAUACGCACACAUAGCCCACCAUCUCUGACCCCAACAUAAUAAGACUCCAAUCCUGAUAUUGAGAUUUUCCUCAAUAUAGUGCCUUUCCAAUGGUCCAUUACGCCCGGGUUUUUCAAUGAUCCAAUUCUAACAGUUUGUCCCAGCUCCAACAAAAUCAGGUUCAACCUGCAGCUGAUGAUAGUCAGGCACUGUCUCCGUUUGUUAGAUUCGAUGUCUGCAAAAUUACUUGUGAUAGCGACGUGUGUGUAAAAAGAGAUAGAGAGAGAGAGAGUGAGAGAUAAUGUGGGAGACAGUGGGAGGGAAAGCGCCUCAAGAUUGAUACGAUAUGCGAUAGUCUAGGAUAGAAGUAGAUAGAAAUAGGAGUAUAAGUACGCCAUUAGUAAGCGCCAAGGUGUAUACAACACAGGUGUACCACCAAACUCUCCAUGGGCGCUCCCGUGAAGGUGGCUUGACAAUGGUCUGCCAGCAGUUCCGUUGCACUACGUUGGUUGUUUGAUUUUCUCUACAUCCUAUUGUUUGUUCUGAGCGUCAAACAAUUGUUUGUGGGCCAAAACUAACGCUAGUGUACCAUGGUGAACGACUGCAUCAUUUUAUUGCCCUACGGAAAGCUUCACCCCUCCGCCCCCUUCCAAAAAAAAACAUGGAGAUGUUGCUGGAAACGUGCAUUUAUUAGGACUGUAAGGUAGGGUUUUCUAUUCCUUGUAUUUAUAUCAGUAGCUGUGUGCAAACUUUCCUCACAUACACAUUCAAAUAGCUACAAACUUAGUGGAAGUUUCUCAAUGCAGAGCAGCAAACUGAAUUCGUUCGGUGGCUCAACCCCUAAAGCACAUACCAACAGUACGUACGAUCUGCAAACACGUGAAGUGUCACGCAAUGUCAGAACCAGCUUACUGUUGGUGUGUACUACUUUUUCGUCUAUGCGUCUCGCCUGUACAUCAUCCUCAUCUUUACGGGGUGUUUGGAGCGAUUUCUACGAUCGUACCCCAAAACAAGACUCACCCCGCAAUACAUUGCUCCCGCCAUAGCGGCAGGGAACAGAUGGUUUUUCUCUUGUGAUAGGGCCUUUCUUAGGUAUUUUUUGUUUUAAUUUUAGGAUUUUUGUUUCGUCUUAGUUAUUUUCCUCUACGUCGCUAGCCGUAGAAAAUAAAACAGAUUUUAUUUUUCUUGUUUAGAAAAGAAAUUUGUCGUACAAAGGAAGAAGAAAAGUGCAUUUCCCCGAAUAGUUGGCUCUUUUUUGUAAAUAUAGCUAAGAAAAGGGUUACUAGCUUGCUGGUUUUGACGGACGAAGCAUGUUUGCCUUCCGUGUGAAUCAUCUGAACAGGGUGAACCGGAUACGGAUAUGCUUCUCCAAGUGGCAAUAGUGCGUUCUACCCCACAAUUCACGUGCCCUGAACCGUCCACCGGAUGUUUUAUGGGCAAGCUGUAGUUGUUAUGGGGAGAAGGCGGCUAAGAGCCGAUGUCACCGCAAGCAUAAGAAUUAUUCCAUAGGAGUAGCGUCUAGUGUCUUACAUCGCAAAGUGUCAUUAGCCACUGAAUGUAGCGUUUUUUAAAAAGUAAACAGGAAAACAAAUAAAUAAAUUGGUUGUGUUAUAA